AAAUUUUCAACAGUACAUACAAGAGGUUUCGCGAUUUCAUUUUCAUUUGGUCUUCUGUGCGCAGAAUCCAAAUUCUCAUCGGCGAUGGCCAAUACCUUGCAACGCGCCCUACGCGCCACCAUGGCCCGGCGGUUCUCCACCGACGCUUUGGUAGAAAUCAAACCAGGCGAGAUCGGAAUAGUUUCUGGAAUUCCUCAAGAACACCUUCGUAGGAGGGUUGUCAUUUACUCUCCUGCUAGAACUGCAUCUCAGCAAGGAUCUGGGAAGGUUGGAAGAUGGAAGAUCAACUUCUUAUCAACCCAAAAGUGGGAAAAUCCACUGAUGGGCUGGACAUCCACUGGGGACCCGUAUGCUCAUGUUGGUGAUUCUGCCAUGACUUUUGAUAGUGCAGAAGCAGCAAAAGCAUUUGCAGAGAAACAUGGUUGGGAAUAUACGGUCAAGAAGCCCCACACACCAUUGCUGAAGGUUAAAUCAUAUGCGGACAACUUUAAAUGGAAGGGUCUACCCAAAUCUGAUGAAGCGUGAUUUAUUGUUUGUAUUCAUAUUAAUGUAUUCCGUCUUCAGGAGUUUCAACGUGCAGCAGUUUUCUCUGCAUCUUUUCUUGGACAAAGAGUUUUAAUGUGAAAUCCUGAUUGAAAAUAAAAGGGACUGAACUGCCAUUCCUUAGUUUUCCUCUAUGAUGUACAUACUGCAUCUAUUUAUGAUUGAUACGACCUACCAUCUUAAGUUAACUGGACACUGUAAUGAACAACUGAUUGCAGGACAAACUGAUCCAACAACAGAUGCUGACUCUGGCCAACAGUUUUUUAUA